CGCAACCAUAGGCUAUUUGGAGAAGAGCAUGCAGGGUUUGGGCAGUGUAUUCCGUUGUUUCUAUCGAAACGCGCACGCACAGGAAUUGUAGGAAAGUGGCUACUACAAAGUGUUGCCUUUGAUUCGCUGUGGAAUUCGUGCAGUUGACUGGACUAAGUACGCUCCCUUUUCUCGGUUGCUAUGGCAUCCAAAGGCAAGUGGGGGGCCCUGAAGGAGCACUUGACCAGCAGCCCCCCUGACCCAGAUGCUCACCUGGAAGCCAACUUGGAGAACUCAGAUCCAGAGCUAUGCAUACGACUACUACAGGUACCCACAGUGGUCAACUACUCAGGGGUGCGGCGGCGUCUGGAGGGGAGUGACCAGGAAUGGAUGGUGCAGUUCCUGGAGCUCAAUGGACUGGAUCUGCUGAUGGAGGCCCUGCAGAGGCUGUCUGGCCGGGGGUGUGCCCGCAUCGCUGACGCCCUCCUCCAGCUCACAUGUGUGGCCUGUGUGAAGGCAGUGAUGAACUCUUCAGCUGGGCUGCACUUUAUUCUAGACAAUGAGGGAUACGUCAGGACCCUGUCGCAAGCCCUGGACACGUCCAACACCAUGGUGAAGAUGCAGGUGUUUGAGCUGCUGGCGGCCCUCGGCCUGUUUAACCCACAGGGACACCACCUGGCCAUGGAUGCCCUGGAGCACUAUAAAAGUGUGAAGAUGCAGCAGUACCGCUUCAGCGUCAUCAUGAAUGAACUGCAUACGACUGAUAACGUUCCGUACAUGGUCGUCCUCAUGAGUGUGGUCAACGUGAUCAUCUUCGGAGUAGAGGACCUGAGGAAGAGGGACAAACUACGCAAAGAGUUCAUCGGGCUUCAAUUACUGCAUUUAGUUCCAAAACUUAGAGAGACCGAGGAUGUGGACCUGAACAUCCAGUGCGAGGCCUUUGAGGACACCAUGGCAGAGGAUGAGGAGGAGAUGGAGAGGGUGUACGGAGGCAUCGACAUGAGCAGUCACCAGGAAGUCUUCACCACACUCUUCACCAAAUUGAGUAGCUCCCCUGCAUCGGUGCAGCUGCUGUCCAUCCUGCAGGCUCUGUUGUUGGUAGGGCCGGAGCGCAGCGAGGUGUGGCUGGCCCUGGAGGCCCUGGCUGACCGUGCUACUUUGCUGGCACAGGACCCUGAAGUUGACUCCACCAAGAGCCUGAUGGAACGUCUGGUGUUCUCCAAGGGUCAGCAAGGGUCACCUAAGGUCAAGACCACUGACCGGGGCGUUCAGAUAGACCUGAUGGACAGAUUGACCGAUCAAUCAGAUGUCCUCAUUAAAGAAUCUACUGCCCCUAUUGCCUCUGCUCCACCUCCUCCCUGUCCUCCUCCCCCUCCACCACCACCCCUACCAAGCAUGAGAACUUUCAUCCCAUCCCCUCCACUUCCUGGCUUCUCUGGGAUGCCUCCCCCACCACCUCCCCUUGGUCUCCCUCCUCUGCCACCUCCUCUACCAGGGAUGGGGCAUGGAGGUCCACCGCUUCCCCCACCCCUACCUGCCAUGAUGGGUCCUCCACCUCCCCCACCCUUGCCUGGGAUGGGUCCUCCACCUCCCCCUGGUGGCGGUGACAUGAUAGUGGCCCAGAGUGUGCAGACUCAGGGGCGAUCCUUUUACGCCCCUUCACCCAAGGCGGGCCGCUGCCCCACACUGCGUAUGAAGAAGCUCAACUGGCAGAAGCUGCCAUCCAGAGUGGUGACUGACAGUCACUCCAUGUGGACAUCGGUACAGGCAGAUUCUCUGGAGCCUGACUACUCCAGUAUUGAGGAGCUCUUCUGUCUGCCAGUGACUGAGUCAAAAGCCAAAGGCAGCACCCCUGCAGUCAAACAGGAGCCCAAAGAGAUUUCUUUCAUCGAUGCCAAGAAAAAUCUUAACCUGAACAUAUUCUUGAAACAAUUCAGAUGCUCACAUAAGGACUUUGUGGCCAUGAUUCAAAAAGGCGACCGGUCCAAGUUUGAUGUGGAGGUGCUGAAACAGCUGCAAAAGCUACAGCCAGAGAAGCAUGAGAUUGAGAACCUCAAGUCCUACCAGGGAGAGAGGGAGAAGUUAGCUGGUGUGGACCAGUUUUAUCUCCAGCUCCUAGCUGUUCCAUGCUACGCCCUGAGGAUCGAGUGCAUGUUGCUGUGUGAGGAGAUCAGCUCAGUGUUACAGAUGAUGCAGCCUAAAGCUAAGCUGCUGGACGAGGCCUGUGAGAGUCUGAGGGUGAGCACUCGACUGCCAAGCUUCUGCAUGCUCAUUCUGGACGUUGGAAACUUCCUCAACUAUGGAAGCCACACGGGGAACGCUGAGGGCUUCAAGAUCAGCACACUGUUGAAACUCACUGAAACCAAGGCCAAUAAAAGUCGCAUCACGCUGCUCCACCACAUCCUAGAGGAGGCUGAGCAGAACCAUGAUGACCUGUUGAACCUUCCAGAUGAUCUAGAGAUCUGUGAGAAGGCUGCUGGUGUGAAUCUGGAGUCUAUCCAGUCAGAGGCGAGCUCGCUCAUCAAGCGUUUGAAAGAUUCAGAGAAGAAGGUGGCUUCCUCCUCUGUGGAGGCCAUCAAGGAGCAGUAUCUCACUGCCAUACAGGGAAGCCAGGAGGCCUGCAGGGAGCUGGAGGCGAGGUUUGCCUCCAUUGACAGGAAGAAGGAGGAUCUGGCACAGUAUCUGUGUGAGGACUCAUCCCGUCUCUCCCUGGAGGAGUUGUUCAGCACUUUACAUUCCUUCAGGGGACUCUUCAUCAAAGCUCUCAAGGACAAUCAGACCCGCCGAGAGCAAGCCAUUAAGGCUGAGAAGAGGAAGAAACAGCAGGAAGAGGAGGAUUCCAAGAGACCAAGGGGGGAGAACAGGAAGAUAAUUCGUAAAGCCCCCCCGGUCCAGGAGGAGGGCUGCAUCAUUGACCACCUGCUGUCUGACAUCAGGAAGGGCUAUGCGUUGAGGAAGACCAAGCCUCAGGCCGACAGGACCAGCCUGCCUUCUGCGGACAAGAAAGGGGACAGCAGUCAGCGUGGUGAACAGGGCACCAAGCCUAAGGGAUUAUCUGCUAUAGAUGCCAAAGAUGAAGUUGAAAAGGUGACAUCACCCAAUGACCUAGGACAACAAGACGGAGAUCCAGUCAUAGGGGGGGAGUCCUCCGGCCUCCCCACAGACCCCUCACUCCAAUCGAGUUCACCCAAAACCUCAGGCCCCUCAGACCUCCAUACCACCACCAAGGAUCACAUCAAGAGUGAGAACCUCAACCCUGGGAUGGUGUCCUCUACUGACCGCGAACUCAAGGAGGAGUACCCAGAGGUGGAGGGGGUUAAGGCUGCUGAAUCCAAGGUUGAGAAUGUGAACAGGAAUGCAUUCUCAGCUGGUGGGGAUGGUCCAAAGAACAGAGAUACAGAGACCGAUGGGAACAGCGAGAGUGGGGCUGAUGGAAAUGGGUUAGAGGAGACUCAAUCAUCAGAUUCCCCCUCAACCACAGCUGCUGUCGACGCAGAGUCCAAACAACAGGCACAGAAACGGGGGAAUACUAAGAGGCAUGGCAAAGGUGGACGCAAGAAGAGGGACGAGCCCAAAGGCAAAAAGAAACAAUGAACUUUGACUCCAUCUUCCAGUGCUUUGUUUUGGCUCUGCCCAACAAAUACUAUGGCAAUAACAUACAUAAUUAUACUGUUCUUACAAAUAUCUAUAUCAGCCAUGUUUUUCUUACUGUUUCAAAAGGAGUAGGCCUACCUAGCGAACCUGGGUUUGUUUUUCAAAAUGCAGACCCGCCUUAUUGCACCCCUAUAGAAGGGUCUUUGUAUUAUUUACUACAUCAUUAAAAGGACAUGUGGCAAUGAUAUCACAGAAACUGCUUGGCAACCAACCACUGCAUGAUGAUGAUGAUGAUGAUUGGAUCAUUUGCACUUUACACUUUCAGCAUGGACCUUCAAUGUAUUGGACACAAUUGCAUUGAAAUAUACAUUAUUUGAAGAAAAUCAACAUUUCUAUGUAUAUAAUGUUUCAAUUUGAUACUGAGACCAAUGUUUACAGUAUGCCUACAUGUUGUGUACUUGUUGAUACAGCCCCUCUCAUUUCAUUUGGCAAAUACAGGGCCUCUGUAGCCAAAAUUCAAGCAUAGUAGGAGUAGGAAUAUUGGUUAAUGAUCAAUUAAGCAUUACAUAUUGACCAUAAUAAUCUCACCUGUAUUCAAACACAAGGUUGAAGUGAUAAUGUGCUUCAAUUCUACUUCAGAACCAGUUAUUGUUUCUUUAUUCACACAAGCACAGUUAUCUGCAUUGCAAAUAGCUUUGAUAAUCAUAGAUUUAAUGUAGGCUAUUAUGAAAAUACAAUAGAAUGUUACAUUUAGCUUUUAACAACCCCAAAUUAGGUUGUUCUAUAUUUGUGUGUAAUUGGGACAGUAUGUUCACAGUUAAAAGUAUUGCAUACCGCGUACUUUGGUCCAACACAGUGCGCGCAACGUGCGCACGUAGUUUCAUCCAAACGAGACUAGCACUUAGAGAAUGAUUAAUUC